AUGCCACAGGCAGGACGAACGACAGGUCCACAUCUGGACAUCCACCUCGACAGCACCGGCCGUCCAUAUCAGCCUGGAGAUGUCAUAACGGGACGGGUUGUGCGACGGGCGCACGCGGUCAGCCCGCAGGCUUCGGUGACGAUCCAGUUGUUGGGCCGAGCAAAGUCCAAGAUUGUGGUCACGAGACACAAUGGCAACAAUACUACCCACAGCUACUAUCGGAGCCGCUACAAUUUCUUCGAUGCAGGAUACAUGCAAACACGCCAGUACCUGCACCAAGGGCCAAUACACGUCCCCUCCUCCGCCGAACCGGUCUCGUGGGAGUUCGCGAUAGAGAUCCCCACGCGGCCGUCCCCUCGCGCAGUAGUGAGCGAGAUGAAGGACCCAGAAGCCUGCUACCUGCCUCUUAACGCGGGCAAUGUGGCCGACUACCCACUGCCCGCUUCCUUCGCCAACAGCGGCCGCAGGGGCAGCACGCGCUUCGACGCCUACGUCGAGUACCACCUCGAGGCCACCCUCGUGCAGCAGGGCGGGAGCAGCCGCCACGGCGACACCAUCACGGCGACCCUCCCCAUCCGCAUCCGCGCCCCGCCAAUGCCCUACCCGCUGACGGACUUCGACCUGCGCCGGCGCUCCGCCCAGUUCGCCGCGAGCUCGUACCGCCUCGUGCCCGGCAUGGAGACGGUCGAACUGUCGUUCAAGCAGAAGUCGAAAAAGUUCUUCGGCUCGUCCAAGGUCCCCAUGUUCGGCUUCACGCUGCAGUACGACGCCCCCGCCGUCAUCCAGCUGGACAACCCGGCCCCCGUCCCGUUCCGCGUGCGCGUCGUCCCCGACGGCAGGAGGACCAGCGAGGUGCUCCAGGGGGUGCCGCAGGUCGUGACGCUGGGCUCGCUGGAGCUCGUGCUCAAGGCUGACACGUGUGUGAUCGCCCCCGGGACUUUUUCGAAGCAUACUGGGGACGACACCGUCAAGCACAAUAUCCACUUACCUGUGGCGUUUGCGGGGGAUGUGCCGGCUGCUGUGCUGAGGACCGCGGACCGCGGGGUGAAGGGGGAGGAGCCCGCUGGUGGGAAGGAGGCGGCGAAUGCAGGCGCGGUACACAGGCCGGGUACCACAGAUGGAAAGCAGAGGAUAGAGUCUCCAGGGGAAGAGCAAGGCGAGUCGUCAGCGUCACGAAGUACUCAGCCGCCAGCACCAGCCUCCAAAGAAGAGCGUGUUGUUGAGCAGGUCCCAACACCAACCCCGGAGAUGGGAUACCAGCCGGCAGCCGAGUGGUCCUCCCCACCGACAUACCAACCAAACACCAGCAACGAGUCCCCACCACCCGCACCACCAGCCUCCGAGCAGCCGCCCGCGUACCAGCUGCCCAAGGACCUCAGCCGCCGCGGCCCGCUCGUCAUCCCCAGCGCGUGGGGCGCCGACGGCCCCUGGCUCGACGUCGGUGAGGCAAUCGGGCUGCGGCUGCACGAGACGCACGCUACGGCGCUGGCCCGCUCCGUCGCGGGGACCGUGGCGGACCCCAUAUGCCCUGGCUUCACGACGUACUGCAUAAUGCACUCGCACCGCCUGAAGUGGAAGAUGGCUGUUGCGGUUGGGGGCGAGACGGAGAAACAGGCAUGGAUGCGAGGUGAAAUCGAGGAGAUCUGGGAAAUGUUCCGGCCCAUCAACUAUGUCCUCACAUUUACCGAGAUAUUCGUGCCGCUGGUCAUCGAGGGCCCAGAUGGUGGAGUGACGACAAGGAAUACAUGGUGUCUGCUCAAAAAACCUCAACUGGCCAUCGUUGAGGAGCAGGAUCUGGAGACCGGCAUCCCCGAUGUUAAGUCCUCAGAUGCAUAA